CGGCUGCGCCCGUCGCGGAGGAAGCCGAUCUAUCUCUUGUCCUUAGCGCGUCCCACCAUGAAGCCCAACUUCUCCAUGAGACUGAGGGUUUUUAACCUCAACUGCUGGGCCAUCCCCUACCUGAGCAAGCACCGAGCGGACCGCAUGAAGCGCCUGGCGGACUUUCUGAACUUGGAGAGCUUCGACCUGGCUCUGCUGCAGGAGGUGUGGAGUGAGCAGGACUUCCAGUACCUGAGGCAGAAGCUGUUGCCCACCUACCCAUCGGCACACUACUUCAGGAGUGGCAUCAUCGGCAGUGGCCUCUGUGUCUUCUCCAAACACCCGAUCCAGGAAUUCACCCAGCAUGUCUACACUCUCAAUGGCUACCCUUACAUGAUCCAUCAUGGUGACUGGUUCUGCGGGAAGGCUGUCGGGCUGCUGGUGCUCCAUCUAAGUGGACUGGUCCUCAAUGCCUACGUGACCCAUCUCCACGCAGAGUACAAUCGACAGAAGGACAUCUACCUAGCACAUCGUGUGGUCCAAGCUUGGGAACUGGCCCAUUUCAUCCACCAUACAUCCAAGAAGGCUGACGUGGUUCUAUUGUGCGGGGACCUCAACUUGCACCCAAAGGACCUGGGCUGCCGCCUCCUGAAGGAGUGGACAGGGCUGCGUGAUGCCUACCUUGAGACCCGGGACUUCAAGGGCUCUGAAGAAGGUUGUACCAUGGUACCCGACAACUGCUACGUCAACCAGAAGGAACUGCAGCCAUUUCCCUGUGGCAUCCGCAUCGACUAUGUGCUGUACAAGGCAGUUUCUGGGUUCUACAUCUCCUGUAAGACUCUCAAAACUACCACAGGCCUUGACCCUCACAGUGGCUCCCCACUCUCUGAUCAUGAGGCCCUGAUGGCUACUCUGUGUGUGAGACACAGCCCACCCCAGCAGGACCCAAGCUCUACCCAUGGAGCAGCAGAGAAUUCACCAUUGGUCACUGUGCUAAGGGAGGCUUUGACAGAGCUGGAUCAGGCUGUGGCUCAAGCUCAUCGGUGGGCCACCUGUGCUGGCUACGUGAUUGGUCUGGGGCUGCUUCUCUUGGCAGUGCUGUGUAGCCUGGCAGCUGGAGGUGGGGUCAGGGAAGUUGCCAUACUGCUGUGGACCCCCAGUGUAGGACUGCUGCUGGGGGCAGGUGCAGUCUACACCUUCCACAUGCAGGAGGCCAAGGGCUUAUGUAAGGCCCGGGCUGAGCUCCAGCAUGUGCUGGGAAGGGCAAGGGAGGCCCAGGACCUGGGUCCAGAGUCUCAGCCAGCCUUGUCCCUGGGUCAUCAGGAGGGGAACAGGGCUGAGGACCAAUAAAGCUUGGCACUUGGA